UUUGAUUGGCCGUUAGAUGUCAGUAAACAGUCGCGUGAGUCUCUUUCACACCUAACAAGAAAGAAACUUCCGGUAGUGAGUUUGUUUCGUUCGACUGUUUACAGCUUAUUCCUCUUUUUCGACGCACGUUGAUGUUUGCUGACGGACUUUCUGUUUUUCGAUGCCUAAUGUUAGUCCAGCUGGAUCUUCUCCACCUGUGAGUGGAAGCGUCAAAGAUCCACAGCAGCUACACCGAUCUGAGACGGCAAGCUACGGCUGGGCUUUUAAAGAGGACGCUCCCCAUCUGGGACUCCCUGAACGGCCGAGCGUGUUGGACCGUGUGGAGGUAGCGGAGGCGAAUCGCUGCCCCGAGCAGCGUAAUACAGGUGAAGCGAAAACCUCGGGAGAUGACGAGCGAGCGUGCUGUCAGCCGAGAAACAGAGAAGAGGUCAUUAAAGAGAUCAGCGUCAGCAGCACGGCUUUCAUCGGCCCCGUGUCACGACCACGGCCUGAGCUAGAAGGUGAGCUGAGCGAGUUUUAUAAAGAGCUUGAGCAAAUCCAAAAGCCAGACACUGUCGAUGGGAGUAAGGAGCCUGUAACUCAGUCCUGGCCUCCACCAGACACUGUAAAUGGGAACAGUGAGAAUGUCUAUCGGCCCUGGGCUCGAUCGAUCAACACACCGGUCGUAAAAGAGAAGUGGAACAAUCACAGGAACACCUACAGGCCUUAUCUAGGUUCUCGUCCACAAACAGACUACAGGAACACUCCACAGUGGAGACCUCAGGUUCAUGAUUGCUCAAACCUACACAGAUUUCAAAAUCAGUGGCAGGUUCCUCCACCAAACGUCUACUUCUAUCCUCCACCUGGACCUGGAGAUCACACACGCCCGCCGUACUCCCAGCCUCACAGACACCAGUGCCCUCAGGCUACUACUGCACACUUCCAGCUCAGUCCUGAUGCCAGACUCGCUUCAUCUCCCAGCCCUGCUUCAUACGCUCCAUACGAAGCCUUUGAAAGACGGUACUACGAGGAGCAGAAUUCUCAGGAUGUGAACCAGAGCACACGUAACAACGAGCCGGUGUUGAUUUUAAUGAGAGGAGUCCCAGGUUCUGGGAAAUCAACUCUGGCUAGGCAGAUAUCAUCCAGAGGUCCACAUGGACUGAUCCUCAGCACGGACGAUUAUUUCUACCAGGAGGACGGCUACCACUUCGAACCCGCUCUCCUCGGAGACGCACACGACUGGAAUCACAACAGAGCCAAACAAGCCAUGCUGGAAAUGCGUACGCCGAUUGUUAUCGACAACACAAACAUUCGAGCCUGGGAAAUGAAACCGUACGUCACUGCGGCUUUAGAGAUGAGGUACAGAGUGGACUUUGUUGAGCCGGACACCAGCUGGAAAUAUGAUCCUGUGGAGUUAGAAAAGAGGAAUCAUCACGGAGUCUCGAGGGAAACUAUAGCAAAAAUGCUGAACCGAUUCGAGCUUCCCAUCAGCGUGGACAUCGUGAUGAAUUCUUAUGAACCUUCACAUAAAAGAAUAGAGCAUCAUUCCAGACAUUAAAGACACAAAAAACUGACUUGAAGACUUUUAAAAGGAAAUGAACGUAUUUUUGUGCGAUUUUUAAAGAGGUUUUAAACAAUAUCGACUCUCUUCUCAUCUCUUUUAUUGUUUUAUUUAAACUUUAUGACAGGAAGUCUUUAAAUUAGUCAUUAAUAUUAAUGCUGCCAAUGAUGUAAGUCUUUUUUAUUUUAAGAAAUCUUUAUAGAUCUUUAGAAAUUUUUUUUUCAUUUGAAGCAGUUGUUUUUCUUUUUGAAAGCUUUGUAUGAAUCAACUGAAUUUCUUUUCUAUGUAAAAUCCAACUGUAACUUCAUUUUACAGUAUAUACCUAUUAAGUACCAAGAGCUCGCUUUACCUCAGUAGAACGAUCCGAUAUAAACAACACAAAGGAACCCUCAGGUAAAAUAAACAAAAAUUCCAUUUUCUUCUUGUUUCUUUUUUUCUUUUCUUUUUUUUUCCUAAAUGAAAAUGUUUUAAAUUUGGCUCAUUUGUUCUCCCUUUCUGUACAGAAUUUGCUCUUAUUCAUGUUUGUGAUGUGUAAUGAUGUUUUUAAUUAUGCCAUGUUAAUAAAAUCAACGAACAUUUUGUAUAAUAGAAUUGUAAUGAAUACAGGAUGUUCAUUUCCAUUA